UUUACGAUAUUCUUUAUGCAAUUAUGUUAAAAAAAACGCUAUUACUUUUAUUCUUGGCAAUGCUGAUUUGCAAAAUUUUGACAGCUGUCACUUUGUAUUUCUUUGAAGUGAAUUCACUUGAAUUUGAAAUACGCAACGAGUAACGCCUUUCAUUGGCGGCCAACGUUUGCGCUUAAAUUUACACAAUGAACAAGUAUAGAAUUGGUAAUCGUGACUAUAAAUUCCAAAAAAAGUGCACUAAUUCCGAAAUGGAUAGUAUGCUGGAUUAUGUGCUUUCUCACCCAAACUUUGAGAAGCCAACACCAGAAAAGUACUAUUUAAAUAUGAUAAAGGAAAAAAAUUUGAAGACCUCAUGGUCAUUAUUGAAAUGGAAUAUGUUUUAUUUACGAAGAAGAUAUUUUGAAGCUAUUAAAUUACAAAAUAUGAUUGACAAUGGCAGAAACACAGAAAAUAUGGGUAAUGUUGAGGAUAAAAUGUUGGAAAUUUGUCCACAUUUUGACAUACUUGAUGGAAUUUUUGGUAAAAAACCAAACCGUGAUAUUCGAACUUAUACCGAAAAUUUCGAAGAGAUAUUGACCUCACCAAUACUUGAUGAAGAAUUAAUUGAAAUUGAUGGCUUAAAUGAAGUUAUAAUUCCUGACCCCAUGGACAUUAGAACAAUUCCAAAUUCACAAGAAUUAUCUGUCUCUGCAAAAAGUUUUGAAGAAUUAUUUUACUCUUCGAAAAGCCAAGAGUUGUUUGAAACUCCAACAGGCGCUGGCCGCAAUUUAGAAAAAGAAAUCAAACAAAGCGCUUCGAGUAAUGCAAGAAAUGAGUUUCUUCAUCUUCAACCAGAUAAAAAGGAAUAUUAUAAGGAAAAGUUGCAAUUAGAAAAGGAAAAAUUUGAAUUUUACAAGCAAUUAAAAGAGCAAAAAAUGAAAAUAGUUCAAGAAACAUUACAAAUAUAUCGAAAAAGCGGAGGCAAUAGCUCUAUAUGA